UUCUGGUUUAUGAGUGCGCUUCAUUGAGCGGAGAGCAUUUUGCACUUGCAUCAUUAAAAAUACUUUUUUGUUUUAACGUUUUGUUCAAAGUUGGACGUUUCGCACAAGGUCGGACAGAUAAAUAAAUUGACAAAAAAAUGAAAUCGUUGAUCUUCGCGUGUGUGUCUUUUGCAUUUUUGAUUUCAGUUAUUUUUGCUGGAGGAACCCAGAACAAUGUGAGGUGCUAUGAAUGUUCUGGGUACUAUAUGCAGGACUGUGCAGAUCCUUUUGACAACAGAACGAUGAUGCUGACGGCGAAGUGUGCUCAGUGCUCCAAGGGAUCCGUUCAAGUGGACGGGAAAAUGUAUAUAGAGCGAAGAUGUCUGCAGUUAAAGUCAGACGACGGUUGCCAACGUAACGCUACAAACUGGGAGUGCUUGUGUUCCGAUGUAGACGGAUGUAACGGUCGGAACACUUUGGUCCCUGGGGGGACUGCGUUUUCUAUGGAAGCUAGUGUGUCUGUGGUAGUGCUAUCGGCGUUUUUGUCGAUUCAACAGUUUGUUUUGCAAUAACUACUUGUUACUGGAUAGUCAUGUUUUUAUACACAAAGUAAACCACUAUCUAUUUCGGAGUGGUCUCCUGGAUUUCAGCUACAAUCGAGCCCCUUUGGCUCGAACUUCCAGAGACCGGCGAAAUACCUCGAGCCUCGGUAAAUUCGAGCCAAGCGGGAAUGCUUAAUUUCAGUAAAUAGAAAUCGGUCCUUUACAUCUAGUUUGAGCCAACGAGGAAAGCGAGUUCGAGCCAGCGGGGUCCGACUGUAAAAAUGUUUGUAAAAAAAAAACACUUUUUACACGUUUAUACAAUAUGUUAGUAGUUUCAACAUUAAAAAAUAUUUAUUUAUUUUCAAAUGAAAGACAAUUUUGACUUUAUGAAUGACGUCACGAAAUUUCGAUCUUCAUCACUUUAUAUGUGGUGGCAGUAAUUACGGUAUGGUAAAGGGAAUUAACCGCUUUGUAGAAUUUUAAAAUUAACGUAAACUCAUAAAUUGCCAAACGUAUGACGUAACGUUAAAAUGUCAGACCAACUCGAGAAUCCUAACACGUAGUUGAUGUAUUUGUAUUGCCAUUUCUGUAGUUUUAACCUGUAUCUUAAAGGGACUAGAUACCACAUGAUAACGUUGCAAGAACAAACGAUAAUUUCCAAAAGCUUACAUAAAACUGAUAUCGUUUUGUACAAAGCAUUGAAUCUUGUGGGUUUGUCUACCACGUAAAUCCCAGUAAAUUUAAAAAUAGCGUCGGUAUAUGUAUUCUGUACUAAUCGCGUGACUUUCACGUGCUAAAUAUACACAAUAUAAACCAUUAUGCGCUAUCUUUAAACGGGUAAAAUCAGCUUAGACAGCGACAAAAUAUUCUCUUAAUCAUGCAAAUUUACGUAUUAUCAGCCUUAUACUAGCUCUUAUUGAUAAUUCUAGGCUCGUUUUGAGGAAAUAUUGUAUUUGCCGAUUUGGAGAUCAUCUGGUGUCCAGUCCCUUUAAAAUUGUCCACUUGCGUCAAAGUUUGGUAUUUCAACCACAAGAUGUAAGUUUUAUAGCUGUUCUAGAGCAGUCUGUUUCUCGAGGCAAAGAACAUUGUUAUUCAUUUUAGGGAGAAAAAAGCUAUUUAAUGCUUCAAAAACCAUACAAACUAACACAAGGAGUCACAUUCCCGCUCAAAAUGUGUUUUUCUUCAAAACUGCAGUAAAUAUUUACUCAAAAUAACAACCAAAUUUAAACCGAUGAUUGAAAUAAAUGAGGCCAUGAACAAUUUUGAUAAAGAGUCAAUUUGAUAUAAGGGAGUUUACCAAAAUGUAAGUAAACACGGUCUAUGUAUAUGACUGUUAUAUUUGUCUUCAUUUAAAUCAUUAAAUAUCUAGAGAAUAAAGAAGUAUA